UGCUCUGAUUUACGGCUUCCUUCCAGACUGCACGGAGCUGCCUUCCCUCAAGACACACAUCCCAGCGUGGGCCUUCCAUACACCAAAAGAACACUCAAUCCAAUACCUUGGACAAGACGAGCGUUCCCCCAUCAUGGCACACGUCGGCGCACUUCCGAAAAUCUAUCGGUAUAUCACAACCCACAAUGCCGAAGGCAAGGCCGUUUUUAGCGACAAAUUCGACGAGGAAAGCAAGAUGAAGGCAAAUGACGAUGGAAUCGCGUUCGCUCUCAGCUACACGACCAAAGGGUUUCCUGUGAACAUGGACAACGACGAGGACCUGGAUGUGUAUGGGAGCUUCUUAAAGGACGCACCCGGGUUAGUUGUGUCGGGAGGGACUGUUCUCCGGCAUGUAGACAUCCCUCCGAGCACAGCCUGCACCAUGCACCGUACUGUUAGCCUGGAUUAUGGAGCAGUCCUCGAGGGCGAGGUCGAGCUGCUGUUGGACAGUGGGGAGAAGAGGCUCAUGAAGAGAGGCGAUGUUGCGAUUCAGCGAGGGACCAUCCACCAGUGGAUCAACCCAAGCAAGACGGAGUGGACGAGGAUGCUGUUUGUGCUGCAGCCGAGCAAGCCGUUGACGAUCGCGGGAGAGGCAUUUGGGGAGGAUCUGGCGGGCAUGGCAGGCGUACGGCCAUCACACUGAGCAUAUUACUGGAAGCUUGACAUAGGCGUAGAUAGACACUCAAGUUGAGAUGAAUGGA